AUGGAAAAAUUAACAAGUUUCAGCGUCUUCGGUGAGAGUAAUAAUGUCGAAUUAGAACAGAAAACUGAUCAGACAACAACUGACAUUGAAAUCAAAAAAAGGCCAUGGAGGUUUCGUGUAGAAGUUUCGCCACUGGCGGGAAGCUACAUUGGAAUAAAAAAGGAAGAGGAAAUUUAUAUAGCUGAAAGAGUGCCCGCGGUCUCGCCUACAGAAGUCAAAGUAAUCGUCCAUGCUCACAAUCAAGUGCACAUCAGGUUCAAACCAAUUCCAAAUAUCGCACUUUAUGGUGAAGAUAAAGGUUGCAAGGUCGAAGUUUGCGAAAAGGAAAAUAUUCAAGCAUGUAUGACAGUUAUUGCUCAGCCACAGACAGGAGAAGUGAAGCUUGAGAGACUACAGUCAUCAAAAGCAUACAGCGUACGAGCCGCUUGUUCUACAAAUAUUGGCUUUGGACCUUAUAGCAACUGGAUUGCCUUUGACAAUGCUGCGACGACAAUAGAGCAAACAAAAAAGAAGACUACAAAAAAGGCAAUUUCCGAACGUGUCAAACAGGAUGAUGAUCCGAUGAUUGAACUAGAAAUGCACGACGGCUUCAACUUGAUAAUAACAUGGAAUUUCAAAACUUCAGAUGGUUCAAAUUACGACUUAAAGUUAAUUAAAAAAUUUUUCCUCCGUCAGUUUGUAAAGGAAAGGGGAGCUGAGUUCUACACCAAUAAAACUCUUGUCAGUGAUGCAAGUCUCAAAGAAUAUAGCUUUGGGGUAACCUUUUUGCUAUUUUAG